CGUAGACUUUACCGUUCUGAGGUGUGUUCCAUUUCGGACCACUCAUUCUCUCUCCAAAGUCUUUGUCGGUCUUUCUUCAACUUUAUCAUUUACUUUGCUACCUCCAGACUGGAGCGAUAAUCUUCCAUUUCUGGAUUUUUCAGCUUUAAUAAUGUGCUCUUGAUGGUUUCUAUACAUCUCCGUCUAUGAUUCUCCAGGUCUUCCACUACGAGUUCUCAGUUUCUUGAUGGCUGACCCGUUUGCUACAAUAGGAGCAGUUACCGGUGUAGUAGGGGCAACAGCAGGGUUAGUGCAGGCUGUUUCCGAAGCUAAGCAGGCAUUUUGGGAUACUCUCAAAGUCUCACUUUCGGACAAUCCAGAGGAGAUUUGUGAUAAUUUGAAUGAAGCAGUACAAGUUCUAGGUUCUGUAAGGAAGGAUUUUGAGAUUGACGUAGAGAAGAAUAAGAUGAGGGUGCCAUCUAGAACAUACAUGGAAUGGGUACACAGGGUGAUGGAGAUUGAAGAUCGGGCGAAAGAUUUAAUAGCCCAAUAUAACAAUCAAAGCAAAGAAGAGACAUCUCUCUGGUCAAUUUUUUCAUAUCCGGAUUUUAGAGAAGAGAUGAAACUGAUGCACGAGAAAGUAAUCAAUCUUUUGCAAGAGAGCAAUGAUAUCAAGGGCAAAAUGUUGGUAGAUCGCGCACCAGAAUCUAUCGUAAAGAGGAAGGGGCCAGAUAUCAGGAAAUAUGAAACACUUCGAAAGCCACUAGAGAAGAUAUUGGAUUGGUUGAAAAGAUACGAGGUUAAUGUUAUUGGUAUCCAUGGGACUGUGGGGAUUGGGAAAACUACCGUAAUGCUCAACUUGAAUAACCAUGAUCAAGUUGCCACGAUGUUUGACUUCGUCAUCUGGCUCACGGUAUCAAAAGAGGGGGGCAAUGAAAAUCUAAAAAGAAAACAUCUACAACGCACUAUUGCGCGAAGACUGAAACUAACAAUGGCAAAAACUAGCAAUGCCGAUGAAGUUGCCCAAAGAAUAUCUACUGAGUUGAAGGGAAAGAAGUUCUUGCUCCUUUUGGAUGAUGUCAAAGAAUAUCUCAAUUUAAAUGAAAUUGGGAUUCCUUUUAGCGACAAUGGCAGCAAGAUAGUAUUGACAACUAGGUUGCGUCAGGUUUGUAACUCAAUGGCGGACAAGGCGGUUAAGGUGGCAUAUUUGUCUCCUGAUGAGGCAUGGAAGAUGUUUCAAAAUGUUUUAGGAAGCAAAAAACUUAUUGAAGAUCUAAGAAUCGGACCACUUGCAUGGCGAGUGUGCAGAGAGUGUUGUGGACUUCCGCUCUUGAUUGAAAAAGUGGCAAAUACUUUCAAAUUGAAGAACACUGAAAUCCUUUGGAGUGAUGGACUGGAUAGUUGGAGGAUGUGGCCUAGUCAAGAAUGCGGAGGCAUUAAGGAAAUUUAUGAAUUGUUGAGAUUUUGUUUUAAUGAGUUGGGUGAUGAUCGGUAUAAGAUAUGUUUCCUGUAUGGUGCAUUAUAUCCCGAGAAUAGCGAGAUCAACAUAGAUUCUUUGUUGGGGUGUUGGGAAGCAGAAGAUCUUCUUGGCAAUGGCAAUGACGCGAGAAAGGUGCGUGUCGUGAUUGGGGAUUUAGUAUUGAGUCACCUAAAGAAUGUGUCGUUGCUUGAGGAAGGUAAGAGUGAUUAUCAUGUUACCAUGCAUAAAUUCAUCCGACGGGUGGCACUAUACAUAUCAGAAGGUUAUCCUGAAUGUAAACAUUUGGUUGAAACUAACAAAGAACUAAGAGAGCCCCCGGAUGAGGAAUCCUGGAGGGAGAAGAAGAGGAUCUCCUUGGGUGACAAUGAGUUGGAUCGAUUGCCCGAUUCCCCGGAUUGUAGCAUGCUUUCCACCCUAUUCCUACAGAAGAAUUUAGGUCUGGAAAACAUCCCUCCAGCAUUCUUUGAGCAUAUGAUAAAUCUUCGAGUGUUGGAUUUAUCUCAUACUGGUAUCACGUCAUUACCAUCAUGUCUUUCAAUCUUGAUCAGCCUCAAAGUCCUAGACCUCAGCAAUUGCGAACAAUUGGUGGAGCUCCCUUCUCACAUCGGGGAACUUGUUCAUCUUGAAUCACUUGAUAUUCAUGGGAGUGGAAUCACUAAUAUACCACCACACAUUGAGAAGGUGAUCUUCUUAAAGCGCUUGUGGGUAUCAUUUGGAAACGGAAAUGACGCUCAAGACUUGAGUUUCAACUACGACAUGAUUUCAAAACUUUCUAGAUUGGAAGAAUUGGUCAUUGAUGUGAAAUCUCCCCAGCAGUUGACUUAUGAGGUGGUAGAGAAUAUAAUGAAAGAAGUCGCUACUUUGCGAAAAUUCAAGAGACUAAGGGUUUGCUUUCCCAAUACGAUUGUAGAUGUCAUAGAGGUUGCACCUAUGACUGUCCGUAUCCGCGUUCCAGAUGCGAGAAUUCUUCUAAUUUAUAUCAGGAGGAGUUGGUGGAAAGUGGUCAGAAGAAUUGGGCCGUUCCGUUUUUUCAUCGGUUGCCAAAACUUGGAACAGAAUCCAAACUUCGUUAUAUAUAAAAAGUAUGUCAAGUAUUGCAACGGUGUUGGUAGCAAUAAUCCAAUUCUUGAGGUCCUUGCAGAAGCCGAGGGAUUUGAUUUAGUCAACCACAAGGACAUCAAGCAGCUAUUAGACUUUGGAACCACAAACAUGAACAAGAUCCGAGGUUGUCAUGUUGAGAGUUGCGACACGAUUGAAACCAUCAUGGAUACAGUGGGUAGUGAGUUGCUACCUAAUUUAGAGCAAUUGUUCGUAAGGAAUCUGCCCAUGUUGAAAAGCAUUUGGAAGGAAGGACCACUUCAACCUGGAACUCUAACCAAAUUAACGACUCUUGUUCUAUCCGGUUGUCAAAUUCUGGUCGAGGUUUUUCCUCCCGGCGCAAUUCAAUUGCUUUGUGGAAUCCGGCAUUUGAAAAUUAAGAAGUGCAAUGAAGUUAAAGACAUAAUUCCAGAAGCUGAUGUUGUUGGAAAUCUACCUGUACUGCCGAAACUCGAGGAACUGAUUCUCAUUGACAUGGCAAAAUUAAGCAGCAUUUGUGCCGUUGAGUCAUUGGAGUGGCCAUCCUUGGAGAAGCUCGAAGUCUUCGGGUGCCCAGGUUUGCGUAAAUUGCCUUUCAACAAAGGUGACGUAGCUAAUCUGGAAAGUAUCGAAGCAGAUGAGCAGUGGUGGGGAGCAUUGCAGUGGCAGAAUCAAGAGGACAAAGAAGGGCUUCAGAAAUUAUGCAUCUUCAGAUCACACAGCGAUGCAACCCAAUGAAGAAAAAGACGAUCCCAACGAGCUUUUAAGAAUUAGCAAGCCUGGAGUUUCCCUUACUAAUUUGGAUGUGGUCAUGGGCGGUGUUGAGUCUCCUGUGGCAAGUUAUUCCAUUCUUCUUGAUUCUGUACUUGUAUUUUCUUACUCAUUUGUACGUGUGUUUAGCAUAGUUGCUUGAUAAAUGCAGUAGCUGGACAGUCUCCUCUUCGUCAGUUGUACCAUUGGAUACUGUGCACUCUGUGUGGGGCUCACCCACAAUAUGAGUAUGUGUAAGUGUCUGUGAAUGUGUACGUGGUGUACUCGCAAAGUUGUUUGAGCCAAUAAUUGGCCUACCGUCUUUUGUUUGUUGGUUGUACUGACUUUUGUUUGUUAUUUGUACUAUUCGCAAUAAAGUAUUGUGCGUAAUUUCUUUUCCUAA